CAUCCACUGUCAAAAGAUGCAGAGAAAAACAGGAUCUUAUCUUUGGUGAAACACCUAAAUUCUACUUCAUCCCCACACCAAAUCUUUUUUUCUAAAAAACCCUUCUCCUGCUUCCUUUUUCCCUCUCACACUGCCAAUCUGCCAUUUCAGGAUAUAUAUAUACAUAUGCUACAACGUUGGAGAGCUUUGUACUGCUUUGGAUUUUCAAAUAUAUUUUGGUUUCCUAUCUAGGGUUUUUUCAUAACACCACCUAUGUUGUAUUUCUUUUAGGAUUUCCACAUCUACACAAGUAAAAACAAACCAUUCUCUUAUCUUAACACCUUAAUUACUUACAAUUUCCUCCCUUUUUCUACAAUUUUUCUUUUUGGGUGAGUUAUUAAUGUUUAAUAUAAAUACAGAUUAAAGUGUUAAGAGAGAGAGGAUGAAUCACUGCGUCCCCGAUUUCGAAAUGGAAGAUGAUGAUUCCAUCCCUUCUACUUUAACUCGCUCUAAAAAGCCUUCCAUGCCAGAGGAUGAAAUCAUGGAGCUGUUGUGGCAAAACGGUCAAGUUGUUAUGCAGAGCCAAAACCAAAGAUCUAUCAAGAAGUCACCGCCGUUCAAAUUCCAAGGCGCCGACCCAUCUGCUACCAAAGAGAUCUGGUCUUCCUCAUCUCACCAUCAUCAUCAACAACAGCAGCAGCAGCAGCAGCAAUCGCUUACCGAUCAUCACCUCUUUAUGCAAGAAGACGAAAUGGCUUCAUGGCUUCACUAUCCUCUCAGCGACGCCAGCUUCGACCACGAUUUCUGUGCUGAUCUCCUCUAUCCUUCCUCCGCCGCCCCUUGCCUUACCUCCACCACCGCCACAACCUCCGCUCCUCCUCCACUCGGGAAAGUUACUCAAGUUUCAGCUUCAGCUGUGGCGUCAGCUUCUAGGCCCCCGAUACCGCCGUCGAGGAGGAAUGAGUUGGAGUCGACGAGGAUUCAGAACUUCGUUCACUUCUCCAGGCAUAAAGCGCGAUACUCCGGCUAUGGCUCCCGAAUCAGGAGCCUCUCAGGCCAUGCCCUGCAACACUGAGGCAGCUUCUGGAGAAAACGACAAUAUUAACUGCGCCAACAUGAGCGUCGCUGCAGGAGCCAACACGCAAUCAGCUGGUGUCAGCGGGAGUGCCUGCAAAGACAAUUUAGCCGCGUACGAGGUCACGGUAACAUCGUCACCUGGUGGCUCCGGUGCCAGUGCCGAACCCACGGCUCAAAAGGCAGCAGCCGCUGAGGACCGGAAGCGUAAAGGAAGAGAACUGGAGGACACCGAAUAUCACAGCGAGGAUGUUGAGUCCGAAUCUGCUGACACAAAGAAACAAACACGAGGAUCCACGUCAACAAAAAGGUCUCGUGCUGCAGAGGUCCAUAACCUCUCAGAAAGGAGACGCAGAGAUAGGAUUAAUGAAAAGAUGAGGGCUUUGCAAGAACUUAUACCUCGUUGCAACAAGUCAGACAAAGCCUCAAUGCUGGAUGAAGCAAUUGAGUAUUUGAAGUCACUUCAGUUGCAAGUUCAGAUGAUGUCCAUGGGGUGUGGCAUGGUCCCAAUGAUGUUUCCUGGUGUUCAACAAUACAUGCCAACAAUGGGAAUGGGAAUUGGAAUGGGUAUGGGCAUGGAUAUUGGAAGGCCAACGAUGCCAUUUACAAAUGUUUUGGCUGGCUCACCAUUACCAACACCAGCAGCUGCUGCUCAUCUGGGUCCAAGAUUUCCUAUGCCACCCUUUCAUAUGCCACCACCGGCUCUGGCUCCAGCUCCUGAUCCAUCAAGAAUCCAACCAAACAAUCAGUCAGACACCAUGUUAAACCGGCUUGGUGUACAAAACCCGAACCAGCCUUGUGUCCCAAACUUUGCUGAUCCUUAUCAGCAGUAUAAUAUUGGUCUUCACCCGAUGCAAUUAUCCCCUCCACUGAAUCAAGCAAUGGCCCAGCCAAGUUCUAGUAAACCCAGUACCAGUAAGGGAGCUGAUAAUCUUGAAAAUCACCCAUCAGGUGACAUGACAAGAUAGCACUAAAAGGAUUUACAAGUGGUGGCCGGCCAGCAUCAACUACUCUCAGGCUGCAAGCAGAUUCUAUUAUCUGAAUCCUGGUCGCAAGUGCUGCUUGCUUGUGUAUUCCUUUGGACUUCCAUAACAUGAAAACAUUGAAGAAAGAGCUCCUGUGCAUUACAGGUUGACAAUUCUGUUGGGGAUCACUCAGGGAAAGGUUCUUACCUUUUCUAAAAAGUUUUGUUAGUGUAAGAGAACCUUCUUGUCUGAGACCAACUUAAAAAAAAAAUAUACUAGCUAAAUGUUGUAACACAGCUAGAAUGUAAUUACUACUCCACCAUAGGAAUAUUUGGUUAAAACAGUUUGUUUUUCUGUUUGUUCAGAAUAAGAAAGAGGCUUAGACA